AGAGGAGGAGACAAACCGACUAUCAACAAACAACAAACGACCAAACGUUCCGGUUCCGCAGCAUCGACCCAUCAGUUUCCCGGGCAGGUCGACUCGCUGCUCGGCUGAAGAACCAGUUAACCCCCGGAGGAGUCCAGCGGACCGGAGCUCUGAACGCACCGUGUUUCGGCGGUUUGUUUGUCUCAACAUGUCGGGUUAUAAAGCGCUUCACUGUCAGCUGACGUCCAUCAUGGAGGCGCUGAGCCGGGCGGCCGUGGCGGAGAUCUGCGGGCUGCUGGAGGAGCGAUCCGCCGCUCUGCAGCUGGAGAUCCGCCUCAGCCAGCAGGAGAACCAGGACCUGAGGAGGAAGCUGCAGCUGAUGGAGAACGUCAUGGCUCACCGGCACCGGCACCGCAGGAACACCAACAAGCUGGACUACGGCGGGCUGGAGGUGGCCAGCGGCGGCUUCAUGGACUUCACUCCCGAACGUGCCUUACCAGCUGCAGCGGCGGCAAAACAACCGAAAGCAAAUCUCAAAAGAAGUGGAAGGGUACCGGUGUUGGAGACGUCGACUGAGCUGACCCCCGCAACCAAAGAGGAUCCUUCGACGGGAGCCGCGGAGGAGCCGAGCGAUCAGGACGUCGUUUUGAUAAAGGAGGAAACGGCGAAAGAGGAGGUCCAUGACCACGAUUCCACGGAGGAGCUGCUUCUCAACGAGGACGGAACGGAGGUGCAGCUGUCAGACACAGACGACAGUGAAGAAGGACCCUCUGGGAUGACGGUCUCCACCUCGGCGGCCAUCAUGAGGCUGUGGGAUCAGAACAGUAACGGGCCGUCGGAGCAUCGAGACUACCACAGCGCACCGGGGUCUCCGCGCCCUGCGGGGGGCGCCGAGAACAGUUCUUCGGAUGUGGUGUAUAACUUGGCCUCCGAGUCAGACUGCGAAGCUCCGCCGACGAGGAAACCGUUCCUCCUCGGGUCCGGAGAAAGCCCCGUCUCGCUGCCUCCCGGGACCUCUGAGCUGACGCGGGGCGCAUCUCUGAUCGGCUCGCUCCCCUACGACACAGACCUGGACCUGUGCUCCUCGUGGACCAAUCAGGGCCUGCCGAGCAUGGUGUCCGUCCCGCACCGGUCGACGCUGCUGGACAAAGUGUCGGACCUGAACGUUGCGGGUUUCUCCUUGGCGCUCGGUCUCGGCGGCUCCAGACUGGACCCUUUGGAGCUGAACCGGUACUGCAGGGACAGGCGCUUCGUCUGCAGCUACUGCGGGAAAUGCUUCACGUCGUCCCGCAGCCUGGAGACGCACUUGCGCGUUCACACGGGCGAGCGGCCGUACAGCUGCGCUCAGUGCGGGAAGCGCUUCACGCAGUCGGGACACCUGAAGACGCACCAGAGCGUCCACACCGGAGAGCGGCCGUUCGCCUGCGAGCACUGCGGGAAGAGAUUCGCCGGGAAGCAGAACCUGAGGAUCCAUCAGCAGAAACACCAUCCGGCUGUUUAACACCGACACCGUGCUCGGACCAGCUGAGAUAUAUAUGCACUCGUGGUGCCGAGCUCCAAACUGUGAUAGACCGGGACCUUACAGCUGUUACCGAACUAAUAAUUGAAAUAGAUCUGUUUAAGUUGAAGGCCUUUUAAAGAUGUUUUUUAAAGUGCUUUUUUUCCAUUGAAAAAACUCAUCAACAGGUUUGACUGUUUUAAGUUUAUCAGGCCUUACAUACGUUUAACCAUCUGAACUGCCUUGGUAGAAUCCUGACACGAAGCUAAAUGGGACUACGACCUGAUCCAGAACAAUUCUUACCUCAAAAAGAACGUGGGCCCUUUUCGGUCCACUUCAGUACUUCAGGUUAGAGCCAUAGAUAUAUAUAUAUAUAUAUAUAUAUACACACACACACAUGUAGAUGCAGCAUUGGCCUUUGGAUCGUACGUCAACUUCGCCGCCACAUUAGGAGGUCAGGACUAGUCUGUAAACACAAGUGGACAGUUCAAUAACGUUACGUUACUGCUUCCAGUUCAUGGAUCAGCGGCCGGUCUGUCUGUUGAUAUGGUUUUAAAAAGUCGUACUCUCAUAACACGUUUUCCUUUAAAAAUGUUUCACAUCAACAACAUUACAGUUUAAGUUACAUCUUUAUAAAAACAUUUGCUUCCGUAGAUCAGAUAAGAGCUAGUUUGCUAGUUAUUGUUGGCUAAUUCUCGACCGAAGUUAAUGUUAGCUUUUAGAUCUUCAUCAGAUAGGAGCUAGCUAGCGUUUGUUAUUUUUAGGUAACAUAAUAUUGUGUUUAAAACUUGAAAUUUACAAUAUGUGCCAUAUCCCCAAUAUGGCGGCGACGUUGACGUAUCGCAGCAGCGGGCUGAAGCGGUCAAUGCGGUGUCUACGUGUAUAUACAUACAGUAUAUAUCUAUGGUUAGAGCCACGGUGAAAGGGAUUCCUGUAGAGAGCCAACACCUUUGAGAAGCAUGUGAGUGUUUAUUGGUUGGUGGAAUUAAAAGCGUGCAAUCUGA